CCGACCAGUUAACUCUCGACUUUCGAACGUCGUGCACACUCGGGGACCCGCAGAAGGCGCGAACGCGACCACGUUAUCACAGUGCGAUAUCGACCGCGAUACGAGCCACGACUUCCAAGCAAGAGCCGCGAACCAACAAGACGUCGCCAUGGGCUACAAGAGGAACAUGCAGGUGCACUCCGUGAUCCGCGAGAGAUGCAAAGAACUCGUCCUCGACAACAGUCAGCUGGAAAAGUACAAAGAAAAUUUGCUAAAUGAUAUCAAAAAAGGUCUCGGAAAGAAGACCCAUCCGUCAUCCAUCGUGAAAUGUUUCAUCACGUACGUUCAAGACCUUCCAGAUGGAACAGAAGUCGGCAAAUUCCUCGCCUUGGACCUCGGCGGUACCAACUUCCGCGUCCUCCUCAUCGAACUCAACAAGAACCACUUCGAAAUGCGGUCGAAAAUCUUCGCCGUACCCCAACACAUCAUGCUGGGUUCGGGCGAACAGCUGUUCGACCACAUCGCCGACUGUCUGGCCCAGUUCAUGAAGGCCGAGAAGAUCAUGAACGAAGUGCUCCCGCUGGGAUUCACUUUCAGUUUUCCUUUGAUGCAGAAGGGUCUGACUAAGGGCCUUCUGGAGCGCUGGACCAAAGGGUUUAAUUGCUCGGGCGUCAUCGGCAACGACGUGGUUCAGCUACUCAAGGACGCCAUCGCCAGGAGAGGGGAUAUUAAGAUCGACGUAUGCGCUGUGCUUAAUGAUACAACGGGAACACUCAUGUCGUGUGCAUGGAAAAACCGCCAUUGCCGGAUUGGUUUGAUUAUCGGUACGGGAACCAACGCCUGCUACGUCGAGUCGCGAGAAAACGUGGAAAACAUGGAUGAACCCGACGCCGGCUCAGGCAAAGUCUUAAUCAACACCGAAUGGGGCGCUUUUGGGGACGACGGAUCCCUAGACUUCGUCAGAGUCGACUACGACAAAAUCAUCGACCAAAACUCAGUAAAUCCAGGCAAACAACUCCACGAGAAAAUGAUUUCUGGAAUGUACAUGGGGGAGCUCGUCCGACUAGCUCUGGAGGUUUUCUGCAAAGACGGUUUGUUGUUCGGGGGCAAAGGCUCCGAGGCUCUCUCCACCCGGGACCGGUUCUACACGAAGUACGUGUCUGAGAUCGAAACCGACGCCCCUGGGACGUUCACGAAUUGUAAAGAGAUUCUAGAAGAAUUAGGUCUUAAGCAUGCGACUGAGCAAGACUGCAUUAACGUGCGAUAUGUGUGUGAGUGCGUGUCGAGGAGAGCUGCACAUCUAGCGUCCGCUGGAAUCGCCACCCUUUUGAAUAAAAUCAACGAGCCGAGGGUUACCGUUGGGAUUGAUGGGUCGCUGUACAGGUACCACCCCCAUUUCCACAAUCUGAUGAUGGAGAAGAUAUCCGAGUUGAUCAACCCCGGAAUCGUGUUCGACUUGAUGUUGUCCGAGGACGGGAGCGGGCGUGGGGCGGCGUUAGUAGCUGCUGUGGCCUCUCGGAAGAGGUGAAGUUAGCUACUUUAGGUUAUUUUUGUACAUAUUUGUAGCCACGUCUUAUACUAGUUCUAAAUUUAGUGAGAGAACUAGUAUUAGAUCAUGUAUUAGCUCCUGUAAUCUGUUUUUGUUAAUUUUUAUCAAAAAUUAUUUAUUUGUUGUAUCUUGUUGGAAAGCCUUUUUUACUAAAUUUUACAUGUAAACUAAAUGUGCAAUUGUUUUAAUGGCUUGCCGUGUUGGUAGUGUAACUGGAAUCGUAUUUUUAUACAAAGCGAUUUACUUAUUAAAGAUUCGUAGUGAUUUGCUUUUAGAAACGACUGAAUAUAGAGCAAAGUUGAGAAUGGUACUUAAUACUUACGAACCUUUUUUAAGAUGGGUUUAGUUGUAACAGAUGAUGAAUAAAAGAUAUUGUGAGUAAA